AUGGACUCUGCUAUUCGAUAUGAGCUUGGCAACCAACAUACCUAUGAUUUUGUCGAAGGAGUAGUGCCCUGGGAGUCAUCCAUUCAACAUGUCACCGAAACAAACGAAGCAACGUUCGCUUUUUGUGACCCUCAACAGCCGCAAUCAUGCCGACAGGCUGCUUGCGACCUUGAGAGGUACAUCAAGGAGGAGGGCCCGUUUGACGGAGUCAUUGGGUUCAGCUUGGGAGCUACUAUGGCACUGUCAUUGUUGAUGGACUGGGAUCGGACGAAGCAGGGAGUGAGAUCCCAUGUUUCGCCAUUCAAAGUGGCUGUAUUUUUCUCGAACGCCAGCCAGCCAUACGAUCUCGAUGCAUUGGCUAGUGACCAAAUUGCAUAUCUGAAUUCCGCCCAAAUUGGGAGAGUGCUUGACAUACCCACUGCCCAUAUCUGGGGAUCGGCGGACCCACAAGCUGCGGACGCAAGGAGAGCUGUGGAAUUUUGUGAUCCGGAAAAACGAUCCGUCUUCGUGCAUGCAAACGGCCACGAAAUUCCUGAUUCAGUUGAGAACACAGUAUCCAUAGCCAAGGUGAUCAAUCGGGCCGUCUCCCAAGUUGAGGGCAAAUAA